AUGACUGUGGCAACACAUUUGAACCACAAAAAGGGUCAAGCGUUGGAAAGAACUGAGGUUCCUAAACUUCCAACAGUGGAUGAGGUCCGCAAGGCUGUGCCGGCGGAGUGUUUCAAGAAAGAUGCCAUGAAAUCCAUCAGCUACCUCAUCUUGGAUUAUGCUAUUCUUGCUGUCAUGUAUCUUGCUUUGCCUACAAUUGAACAUUAUACGGGUUUUGUUGGACUGUUUGCUUGGUAUUGUCUUUUUGGAUUCGUAGGUAGUGCUCUUUUUGUUGUCGGACAUGACUGUGGUCAUGGAUCUUUCUCUGAACAUGAAUGGCUCAACGAUCUGUGUGGGCAUAUCGCUCAUGCUCCCAUUCUUGCUCCAUUCUGGCCAUGGCAAAAAAGUCACCGUCAACAUCAUCAGUAUACAUCGCACUUGACGAAAGACAUGGGACAUCCAUGGGUUACAAAAGAAGACUACGAUUCUAGAACUCCAAUCGAGAAAUAUUUUGCUGCUUUCCCCUUAUCAGGAUGGUUAAGAUGGAACCCUAUCUACACUGUAGUUGGACUUCCCGAUGGAUCCCAUUUCUGGCCAUGGUCAAAACUUUUCAACAACAACACUGAUAGAAUCAAAUGUGUUUUCUCCGGAGCAUGCUGUGCCGUUUGCGCUUACAUUGCUUACGCUAUUGCUGGAUAUUCUGUAUACAACUGGAUUAAGUAUUACUACAUUCCCCUCCUCUUCCAAGGUUUAGUUCUCGUUAUGAUUACCUACCUUCAACAUCAAAAUGAAGAGAUCGAGGUUUACGAAAACGAUGAAUGGUCUUUCGUUCGUGGACAAACUCAAACCAUCGACAGAUAUUGGGGCUUCGGACUCGAUACUAUCAUGCACCAUAUUACUGAUGGACACGUUGCUCAUCAUUUCUUCUUCACCAAAAUUCCUCACUAUAACCUUUUGAAGGCUAGAGAGAGCAUCAAGAAGGUUUUGGAGCCAUUAAACAGCACUCCUUACGGUUACAAAUACGAGACAAACUACGAUUUCUUCAUGAAGUACCUGAAGUACAACUUGAGCUUGGACUUCCUUAUUCACAAGAGCAAGGGAGUGAUGCAGUACCGAAUCGGAGUGGAGAAAAACGCCAAAGCACAGUAA